UUAACCCUAACUAGCCCUCACAGUUUGAAUGGAACUCAGGUUGGCCACAAAACCCUACUCUCCUCCCCGCUCUCGUUCUCAACUCCCAGAGUGAACCCCCAAUUCUACUCGGGAAUUUUGUGGACUUUAUUGAUUAGGCAGCUGCGAAGAAAUGGCAAGUCUAGCAGCACGAAGGCAAACCCAUCUCAAUGCAAACCUCACGAACCUUUCAUCGCCGCUUUCCAUCAAAUCCCUUUCCUUCUGCUCCUCUGCCCCCUCAAAACCUAGCUCAAAUGAGGAGCCCUCCGUUGGUGCAAAUCAAAAUGCUGAUUCAUCUUCAACAAAGACGACAGCUGCAUCAGCAUCAGCAACUUUUCGGUCGGAAGGUAAGCGCCAGAAGAACCCGGAAAAAAUUGAAGAUAUUAUCUGUAGAAUGAUGGCUAAUCGGGCCUGGACAACCCGUUUACAGAACUCGAUCCGAAACUUGGUCCCGAGUUUUGAUCAUGAACUCGUUUACAAUGUGCUGCAUGGCGCGAAGAAAUCGGAGCACGCGCUUCAGUUCUUUCGCUGGGUUGAAAGGUCGAACCUUUUUCAACAUAAUAGGGAGACCCAUCUCAAGAUCAUUGAAAUUUUGGGCCGGGCUUCGAAGCUUAAUCAUGCUAGGUGCAUUUUGUUGGAUAUGCCAAAAAAGGGUUUGGAAUGGGAUGAGGACUUGUGGGUUUUGAUGAUUGAUAGUUAUGGAAAGGCGGGAAUAGUUCAGGAGAGUGUGAAGUUGUUCCAGAAAAUGGAAGAGUUGGGAGUCGAGCGGAGUAUAAAGUCAUAUGAUGCUUUGUUUAAGGUGAUCUUGCGUAGGGGUAGAUAUAUGAUGGCUAAGAGGUAUUUUAAUAAGAUGUUGAGUGAGGGCAUUGAGCCAACUAGGCAUACAUUCAACAUUAUGAUUUGGGGGUUUUUUCUUUCCGGUAAGGUGGAGACUGCGAAUAGGUUUUUUGAGGAUAUGAAGAAUCGUGAGAUUAUGCCGGAUGUGGUCACAUAUAAUACGUUGAUCAAUGGUUAUUAUCGAGUUAAGAAAAUGGAGGAGGCGGAAAAGUAUUUUGUGGAGAUGAAAGGCAGGAACAUUGAGCCAACAGUAGUUACUUAUACGACCUUGAUUAAAGGGUAUGUCUCAGUUGACCGAGUGGAUGAUGCGUUGAGGUUGAUGGAGGAGAUGAAGGGGUUUGGCAUUAAGCCAAACGCAAUUACUUAUUCGACAUUGUUGCCAGGGCUGUGUGAUGCAGAGAAAAUGUCUGAAGCUCAGACUAUAUUGAAGGAGAUGGUGGAGAAGUAUAUUGCGCCUAAGGAUAACUCAAUUUUCAUGAGACUAAUAUCUGGACAGUGCAAGGUGGGUAAUCUAGAUGCUGCUGCCGAUGUGCUCAAGGCUAUGAUCCGGUUGAGUGUUCCAACAGAAGCUGGGCAUUAUGGUGUUCUCAUUGAGAAUUGCUGCAAGGCUGGUGAAUAUGAUAGAGGAGUUAAAUUGUUGGAUAAGCUGAUCGAAAAGGACAUCAUUCUGAGGCCUCAGAGUACUUUGCAUAUGGAGCCAAGUGCAUAUAACCCUCUGAUUGAGUAUCUUUGCAACAAUGGCCAGUCUGCUAAAGCUGAAACCCUAUUGCGGCAGUUGAUGAAAUUGGGUGUGCAGGACCCUAUUGCCUUAAAUACUUUGAUCUGUGGGCGCUCACAAGAAGGGAACCCUGAUUCCGCUUUUGAAAUUCUGAAGAUCAUGCUUAGGAGAAAUGUACGUUCAGAAAAAAGUGCUUACGAUUCACUUGUAAAAAGCUACUUGAGAAAGAGUAAUCCUGCUGAUGCAAAGGCAGCUCUGGAUAGUAUGGUUGAGAAUGGGCAUCUUCCAGAUUCCUCUCUAUAUAGGUCAGUGAUGGAGAGCUUGUUUGAAGAUGGACGAGUUCAGACAGCAAGUCGAGUGAUGAAGAUGAUGUUGGAGAAGGGGGUGACAGAUCAUGAAGAUUUGAUUGCAAAGAUAUUGGAAGCUCUGUUUAUGAGGGGUCAUGUUGAGGAAGCCUGUGGAAGAAUUGAAUUGCUGAUGCAGAGUGGAAUUGCACCAGAUUUUGAUAGCCUCUUAUCUGUUCUCUGUGAGAAGGGAAAGACGAUUGCUGCAUUGAAACUAUUAGAUUAUGGUCUGGAGAGGGACUAUAAGAUUGACGUUUCAAGCUAUGAGAAGGUGUUGGAUGCUCUGUUGGCGGCUGGGAAGACUCUUAAUGCGUAUUCAAUACUGUUGAAGAUUAUGGAGAAAGGAGGAGUUACUGAUUGGAGCAGCUGCAAAGAGUUGAUCAAGAGUCUCAAUGAGGAGGGGAACACAAAACAAGCAGACAUUCUGGCACGGAUGAUUAUGGGAAAGGACAAGCAGGUUGAUAGCAAGAAAGGAAAUAAAAGAGCUGCUGCUGCUGCUUACUAGUUGAGGGAAAAAUAAUGAUUGUUCAUUUAUCUUAAGGUCAGAACAUGAUCCCUAAAAUGUGUUAUGGGACUGGCUCUGAGUGUCCUUUUUCUUUGAUUUACAAUUUUGAAGCAUAGCACUGUGAGAGAAACAUGUGGCCUGAUGCAAUGCGGGUCUCUAAGUAGAUUGCCUGUUAUUCAGUUUAUAAUGCAGUUUUCAUCCAAGUUCAUUCAUGUAGGAUUUUGUCCCUUCUGAUCUGAUUACCUGUUGCUAAUAAUAGAAGUGGAUGUAUUCUGUAGAAGUUGGAGAAUGAUUUUGUUAUCUCUGGACAUAAUAUUAGAAAGUUUGUUUUGGAUGGUUGGGACU